AUGGAAAAAAAUCCUGCUAAUAAUGCAAGAAAACAAGGUAUUAUUCUAUUGUAUUAUUAUAGUCGGUCUACAUGAUUUCAAUAUGUUCGGUUAUGAAUUAAUUUGUAUUGUUUAAUUAUAGAUGGUUCAAGAAAGAAAGAAAUCGAAAAGAAGAGUAAGUAUAAUAAUACUAUUCAAAUUUAAUUUUAUAUAUUACUUAACCAAGUUUACAUAUACAUUUCUGUACAUUUUAGUUGACCUUGAGAAACGGGUGAAACGUCUUGUUUAACAUUUACCUAUUUGAUAUUUUGAAAUUUUGUUUCCAUUUGCCCAUUGCCUUAAAAACUUCGAGCGUCUAUUUUAUUUACAUUCAACAUUACAUAUUAUACCUAUCUACAUUUUUUUUCUUUUUUCAAAAUUUACUGUAGUUGUACAAAAAUGUUUGAAAUAUUUUUGCUCAUUUUAAUUUUAUUUUAAAUUUCAUGAUAUUGGGUAUAGUGAACUUGCGUUUAAAACCACCAAGUUAAGAUGACCUGCCCAUCGCGCCCAAAAUUAUGUGGUCUAGUUUUAUAUGUACAGAAUGAAUUUUUGUAUCAUGAACCAUCAAUUAUCUCAGAGUUUUUUUAAAUUUGAUUCCUUUUUUUCUUAUCAUUAUGGAAUAGUUUAGGCUUUAUUUUAAAAUCAUUUUUCAUUGCUUACCCCUACUCCGUGUACCUUAAAUAAGUACAUACUUUAGUUAGUAAAAUAUAACAUAAUAUAGAAAUAAAUUUGGUUAUUGCGAUUACGUAUAUUUAUAAGUUAUUCUGUAGGUCUUUUUGAUCCACGUAGUAACAUAUAUUCAAUAGAAUAUAUCAUUAUCACAAUUCACUUUACUAGUUCACUGCUAAUGGGCCAUUCUUGUAUUAUCUACGUUCAUCUAUUUAUUUCCAUUCUUUAAAACCUUUACAUUUGAUAGUAUAUUUUUUAUUGUAAUCAUUUUUGUCCUCCAAAAUGCUCUGAAUAUUGGAUACCUUUUCUUUUUUGUAGGUACAGCGAUAACAGAAAUUAAAUAGCAUACAGGCUGUCCUACGAAGAUAUACUGCUUAAAUAUGUUCGGAGAUAAUAAAGAUAAUCAAAUUUUGUUUUUUUUUUUUUUUUUUGUAUUACUCACAGAGAAAGGACUAAAAAUAUUUAUAUUUGAAUUAGUUUUUUUUUUUUUUUUUUUUUUAAUUAAAAAAAUAAACAUAAUAACUUUAUUUUAUUUUCGGAAAAUGUUAAGAUAGCCAUUCUGUAAAGAUUAUUCUUCUGAAAUUUUAAUUUAUCACACAUUUAUUUCGGAUGAAUAGUUUCUAAGUAACAGCCGCUUUAAAUUUUACUAAUUCGUGUGAAAACCGAUGUUAUCCCGUAACACGGUUAGGUUAUUCCCUAGGUAUAGAAUAAAAUAUAAAGUUAAUUUUUCAAUUUUUUAAUAAAAAAAAAAAUGUUAAAAAAUAAAUAUUUUUAGUCUUCUUCUCUGUGACUAAUGUAUAAAAAACAGAAUUUGGUUAUAUUUAUUAUCUCCGGAGAUAUUCAAGUGAUAUAUCUUCGUGGGACAGUCUGUAUAUAUUAAAAGGAUAAUUAGUAUAAAAUACUUUUUUAAUUAAUAGGGAAAAAAAAACAUUUCAUUAUCGACACGAUAUGAUACAAACUGUUGGUUUAAAUUCUAAGUUUAAAAAAAACUUUUAAUUUUACAAAGGUUGUACAAUUUGUACAAUAUUAUUUAAGUUAUCUGUUAUAUUUUAUGCAAUAAAUUAAAAACGGUCUACUGUUUUAUCUGUUAAUAAGAUAAAAUUACAUAUUAAUCUGGGUUAAUACUUACUUAAUAUUUUAAAAAGUUAGUGAAAGCGAUUUCCCGAAAGCGUCUUCUCAAAAUACAAAACAACAGAAACAACAGCAGCUAAAGGAGAAAAAACCAGCCAAUGAUUUUCCACAAAUAGGACAGCAAAAACAGCAGCAACUUAAAGGGCUAAAACCAACUAAGGUUUCUGAAAAACAACUUAAAGGUAAAGAAAAAAAUAGACAAAUAAAAAUAAUAUAAUGUAAUAAAAUUCUGUCAGCCAAAUCUAUGGUGUGUAAAAAUAUAAAAAUGUGAACAUAUUACUUGUGGACACCUUUUUGUUGUGUUAGGUCUAAUAAGACCUAGAGCAACAUUUUACAAUUUCUCUCUUGACAUGCACAUAAAUUAAAGAAAAAAAAUUAAUUUGCUCUGCUUAAAUUGAGAAAAUGUGAUGUUAUUACAAAAUUGCAUGUAUUUAUUUCUUCGGUAGACUAAAAAAUAAUAUUAAUUUGAACACAUAUUUAUUGCAGAUGAACAAACUGCUUCUUCAAAAUCAAAUGUUCCGGAGAAAAUUCAAAUCCAAUCAAGUAUUUAAAAUAUUUUUUUAUUUUAUAUGCAUUUAAAAAUUCAAAAUACUAUAGUUAUACAAUUUUAUGUCAUUUUAAGCUGGUAACCAACAAAUUGAUCAACAAAUUGAAAUAUUAAAAAACAAAUUAGUUAUUCCAAAACGUAAAAACCCAAAAGCUGCAGGCAAAUUAGGACGCCAAACUGAACUACAUGUGAACCAUGUUCCUCUAGAUCUUGAUAAAUUGUUCAAAAAAACUGUUUAUCAUAUUAACUGUCAAUUUAAUCCAGAAUUGCCCAAACGACUUCUUAGGUAACUUGAUACUGUGUUUAUGAUAAAUUAAAUUAAUAAAUAAAUAACAAUUCAUUGUUAUUAUUAUUAUUAUUUUUUUAUCAAAUUUUAUAAUGAACAAUUGUAUUUACUUUUAGAACUGCGUUGGAACAGUUUGUCGAAAAACAUUAUCGAGGUAUCCAUUUUGCAUUUGAUGGUAAAAACAAUAUGUAUGUUACAACAGAAUUGAGAGGGGUAUAAUACAUUUAUUUACUGUAUAAGAAGUACUACUUAAAUAUUUUUAAUUACUAACGUGACAUAUGAGAAAAAAUAAUGACAAUAUUUUUGCCAUUUUAUGGCAAAACCUUUGCUAGAGAAAAUAUUAAUUUUUUUUUUUUUAAAUAUUUUAUCACAUUUAUUCAAUUUACAAAAAAAAUGAUUUUUUGACUCGGGUUCCAAGUUGUUUAGACAUAAAGCCAAUAAUAUAUACUAAUUUGAAUAAUAGUGGAACACAUAUUAUAAUCAUCUUAAAAAGUUUUAAUUAUUUGAAAUUUCAUUAUUUUUGGUUUCAUUUAUGAAAUAAACUAGUUUUAACUAUUAAUUAGUGUUUUUCAACUCAUAAAUUAUUUACAGAAAAGUGAUUUAGUCACUGUUCUAAACGAAGAAAAUGGUAAAUCUAUUGACUUUACCAUUGUUACAUCAGUUGUUAAUCAAAUAAAUAUGGGUAAGAUUAAAGAAUAUUUGAUAAAUGGAUCAUCUAAUUGUCCUCCUGGAGAAGCAUUUCAAGCAUUAGAUAUUGUUUUGAAAAACAGGCCAUUUGCAUUAAGGUUAGUAGUAUCUAAAUCUAGUGAUUAUAAUAUACUCUGUAUUAUCCAACUUAAAAAAAGAGUUUUGGAAUCAAAUUUUCCUACAAUAUAGUGUACCGUGGAAAUAUCCUCAUUGGGAAAUCUCCAGAAUCUUAAUGAAGAUAAUCAAAUACUAGGUAAAGGUUUCCUAGGUGCGACCGGUCAUGGAGACCAGUCUUCGCGACCUGUUGUUGGUGCGUCCUGGUUUCCUAGGCGCGACUGGUCUCCGGAUUAAUAACAAUAAUAAAAUAAUGUUACUUCUUCUUGAAGAAGAGCAAGAGGAUGAUGAUUUAUUAAUUACAACACAAUGCAAUCAGAGAGAAAAAGUUGAUGCACUUUUUCUUAAUAUGAAAUGUGAAGGAUACUUUGAAAUUUUAAUAAAUAGACAUUCUUUAUGUUCUGCAUUUUUAUAUUUGUUGUGCGAUAGAUCAAACAACUCAAAAUUUCUUCGAACCAUUUCGAUCAGUUGUUUUUCUUCUCCCGAAAAAUGCGAUUUAACCAUAUUGCUGUACGGGACAGUCGAAAUACACUACCCAAGAGUUGGUUUGUGUAUGAAAUAAAUCAAGGGUCGCACGCGACAGUCACAAUACACUGCACGAUAAAGUUCAGUCAUGGACAACAGUCGCGCGUUGGAAACCAGUCAAUAAGAAUUACAUACUAACAGUCGGACAGUGACUGUCGUGGUGACCGGUCGCGCCUUUGAAACCGUACCUUAAGGAUUGCAUAUAUUCAUAUUUUAAAUACAUUUUUGUUUUAAUCAAGAUAGAAAAAAAAAAAUAACUUUAUUUUAUUAUUUUAAAAAAAUUAGAAUACAGACAUUUUAUAGUAUGUAUAUUUCUGAAAAUAUUAAUAAUUUAUUUAUUCAAUUAUUAUUUUUAUCUUGUCGGUUUUAACAUUUGUCAUGCGGGCGAUUGGUAAUCUCUGAUUGAUUUAGUACUUGCUUACCCUGAACUAAAAAAAGUUACAGAUUUAAAAUCAUAAAGUUCAUGAAAAUUAAAGUUUGAAAUAUCAACAUUUUCAAAAAAUUAACUAUAUAAUAAAUAAAUUAUGGAAAAGAAUAAUAUACAUUUUACCAAAACAAAAAUUUAAUUAAUAUCUAAAUAAUAGCAGUCCUUUGAAUUAUGUAAAAAAAAAAAAAAACCAGAAUUUGAUUAUCUUUUUUAUCUCAGAAGACACGUCAAUAGGGAUUUCUUUGUGGGACACCCUAUAUUAUAUAAUGUUUGGAUAACAAAUUAUAGUGAUUUAUUUUUGACUUUUUACACACUUGUAAAAUACAUGAAAUUUGUUAGUUCACAGUUUGUUGUUCUUCAUGAAAAUAAUAUUGUAUUAUUUAACUUCUAUACUUAUUAAUGUUGUUGAUUUAAGCAAAUGAAUUUGUUUAAAAUAAAUAAUGGUUGCAAUUUUAAAAAUAUUUUUUCAUAAUAGAAUGGAAAUAAUUUGUGUUUCAGGUUUGUUAAUGUCGGUAGGUCAUUUUUCCCUGUACCAGAUUCUCAACCAGAUGACUUGGGUGAAGGAAUGGAACUUUGGAAAGGAUUUUUCCAAAGUCAUGUUAUUGGUUGGAAACCUUAUUUGAACAUAGAUGGUAAAUAUAACAUAAUAUUACUAAGAACAUACUACUUUCAUGUUAUGGUCUCAUGUUAUAUGCAUUUUCUUAUGUUAUGUUUUAAGUAAUUUUAUUUAAUUUUUUAGUCGCACACAAGGACUUUCCCAAGUAUCAACUAUUGACCUCUUAUAUCCAAAACGAUUUGAACUGCUCUCUUGAUACAGAGCUAGAUUUUAUAUCUCAAAAUACAUUAGCAAAUUAUGUUAAAGGAUUAAAAGUUCGUUUUAUGAUUCCAAAUAAACCAAAUACUCAACGUGCAUAUAAGGUCAACGGUCUUUUUGAAAGUGCAUCAAAAUUUAUGUAAGUAUCUUAAACUGGUAUUAAUAUAAUGAAUCAUUUAUUUUAAAUGUGAAACUUAGAAAAUCAAAAUAACUCUAGGUUCUCUAUUUUGCCAGAAUAAUUAAAAAUAUUGUUAUAAUUAAUCUCAAUCCUAUAAGCUUAUCAAUCGUAUUUGUAUAAUUCACAUAUUAUUUAUUGUGGAUUAUACUUCUGAACCUAAUUCAACAUAUCUAUUAGAUUACAUACCGUAACACAGUUGGAUUCUAUACAUAUUUUAUUAGUUUGUCACAUUCCAUUCUUGCAGAUUUAGCUAUUAAAAAUUAAAUUAAAGAAAACUACUAUGUAUGAGUACAUAUUUACUCGGUCAUAAAAACAUUUUUGAGUGGUUUUUGAUUUUAAAUAAUUUUGAGCAAAGGAUCAUCAGGCAUCAGGAUAAUAAUUACCAAUUAUUAAACUUAAGAAACUUAUGUUGUGUAUUAAUUCAAAUAAUUUUGAAAAUAAAACGAAUAAUAUGUUUCUCAAAUAAAAUAAGAAUAUAAUGCAGAUUUGUUUGUUUAGAUUUAAAAUAGAUGAUGAUGAUAAAGAUGAAACCAAGAUUAAAACAAAAAAAAUGAUUACUGUUCUUCAAUAUUUUAAAAUAACAAAGAAUUAUACUAUUAAGUAUCCAAAUUUACCUUGUUUACAUGUUGGUAAUGUUAAUAAAAAAAUAGCAGUUCCUAUUGAAGUAAAUAUUACUCCUAUUAUUGAUUACUUUUUUUGAUUAUUAUCAUGAUUAUAUCUAUUUUUUUUUUUUUUUUUUAAUUUGUGUACAAUAUCUGUGUUUUGUGCAGUUUAACUGUUGAGUAACUGUUAAAUGAUUAUUACUAUAGUUAUUAAUGGUCAAUUUUUCUUCUAGCAGAUGUUUAAUGUACCAUGUAACUGUCCAUUUCAAACUGGUAAAAAGAAUAAUGUUAUACUAAUUAUUGGACUUAGAUAUUUAAAUCAUAUAAUAAAUAGAAUACAAUUUUUUUUUUAGUCAAAUACAUUUUUAAUGUCUCAUAAUUAUUCAAUUUAGGGAUACAUUUUUAUUAAGAAACUCUUAUUUACCAAAAACUAACUAUAUUAUAAUUAACUAUUACAUUAACUAUUACAAUUAUGAUUAAUAGUAAUAUUAUAAAAAAGGACAGGAAAAAUUAAAAAAUAAUUAUUUUUAAAUUUUUACUAACAAAUAUUUCAUUAACCAAUUUAAACAACUUGUAUGAUUUGCCAAUUUAGUAACCAGAAUUUAUAACUGUAAACUUAAUCAUUAAACUGUUCCGAGGCCAAAUCACAGCUAAUAAUUGUAGUAAUACAUUGCACUUGGUUAAUAAUUAUUAACCAAAAAAAAAUAAUAAUUGAACUAUGCUUACUUGAAUAAAUAAUAAAUGUUUUUUAAUUAGAAUAUUCUAUUGUGUUUGGUUUAGUUGUGUACUGUCCAAAGGGGACAAUUAAGGAUGAACAAAUUAACCGAAAAUCAAACUGCACAAAUGGUAAAAAAAACAGCUCAAUCAUCUAUUGAACAGAAACAAACUAUUGAAAAUUGUAUAAAAGGCAUAAAAUAUAAUCAAGACCCAGUAUUGAAAGAAUUUGGUAUUAAUGUCGAAGAACAAUUUGCCACUAUUUCAGGAAGAGUUUUGGAUCAGCCUUCUUUGGCAUAUUACCAAAAUAAGGUAUGCUUUAAUUGUUUAGUGGAAGGUUACAAUAGAAUUUAUUAUCUCCGGUUUACAAAUGUAUCUCAUAGUAAAUUUGCAGGCUGUAGUUUAAUGUUUUCAACAAAAAGUUGAUAUUUGACAAGAAAAACCUUAUUUUAUCUUUAAUCAAUUUAUAACUUCAAUACAAUUAUACUGCUUAUAUGACUGACAAAGUGGUUGUCCAUUUUAGAUAUUAUGCACAAAACUAGUGUAAUGAAAACAAGUGGAAAUCUAUAUUUUUUUUAUAUACAAAUGCUUUAUGUUAAACAAAUUACCCAUGUAAGAUACUUCAAUGACAGGUUUAUUCAGAAGAUAAAAUAUUUAUGAAAGUUUAAUUUUAAAAUUAAAUUCCUGUUAAUUAAAAUUGUCUUGAUAGAUCUCAAUGAUCCAGAGCCUGUUUGCUUUCAAUAGUUUGGUUAUAUAUGUUUUAAAAUGUGUUAAUACUUAUUAUUUUAUAUUUAUACAUUUUGUACAUUUUCCAAAUUUAUUAUGAAAACUCAUGGGAAAAAUCAAAACAAAUGAUCAAAUUCACUCUUAAUAUUAACCCAUUAACACUGUGCAUUGUAACAAAAUAAAUACAACUUUUUUGGACAUUUUAUAUUCAGUGCGAAUUUCCUUUAUUGUGCUUAUACCAUUGCAUCAUUAAAAAAAAUUGUUAGAUGGUUAAAAUUAACAUUGUGCAUUUGUAAGACAGAGACAACAAGUGUAACAAACUUUUAAAGUAAAUAAGUUGAAAAAAUUAUCUUUAAUACAACUAAUACAAUUUAAAUUACAACUUUGUGUCAAUAGUUAAUUAAAGUGAAUUGUAAAUAAUAAAAUAUGCUAUAGUAUACUUAUUUACUAUGGGGUUGGUCUUUAUCUUUAUUUUGGAGGAAAGAAAUAUUAAACUGAUAUGAAUCAAUUUUAAAUAAUAAUAAAAAAAAAAUCAUAUUUGUUCAGUGUUUUUCCUGUAUCCCUAUUUUGCCAAAACUUUUUAUUAAGUAACUGAUAUAAUAUUUGUUAUGUUUUCUAAAAUAAUAAUAACAAUUUGUUGUUUUUUUUAUUGUCGAUAUUUGAUUGAUGCUUUUUUUUUUUUUUUUUUUGAAAGCUAACCAGAAAUUAUAUCUGUCAUUGCACUACUCUUAAUAAUUUAUCUAUUUUUUACAAAUUCUCACUUUUCAUUAUUGGAACUGAUAUGAGAGACACUUGACAUUUGUCCUCCUAAAACCAAGAUAAAAACCAUUCUUUAAUUCAAACUAAAUUUUUCGAUUAUCAUCAGUUAUAACACUUCUUCAUUACUUUACAUUAUGGUGUAGCAAACAGAUUAAAACAAAAGUUUAUAAUUACAGCUAAAUAAUUCUGUUUUUCGAUUCAAAAUCAUUAUUUAACUAUUGUAUUAAAAUUGAUUAAUUUAUAAUUUAUAAUACAUAACCCUAACAAAAAAAUCAAAAAAAAUCAGGAUUUUUAAUAACUAUAAUUAAUUUUUUUUUUUUUUUUUUAACAGGAAACUAGACCAAAGGCUGGUGUUUGGAAAGCUGAUAAAUUUUCUAAGGCUGUAAAACUCUCAAGAUGGAUUGUACUCAAUUUUGAUAAACAGACUAAUCAUAUAAGUAUAAAGUAAGUGAAAUAAUUUAAUAUUAUUCUUUUGUUUAACUUUUGAAUGGCUUAUUUGAAACAAGACAUGUGUUGUAAUUUUCACAACAGUCCUAAUAUGGUAUGUUAAUCAUACACAUCAAAUAUUAAUAUGUUUAAUGUAAUUUAAACUUUAAUUUAUAUAUUAUUGUCAUAUAGUGGAAUUAUGUAAGUGUGUACCAAUAAUGUAUGAGUAACAAAUACAAAUGAUAAAAACCAUUUUAUUGUUGUAAACAAAAUUUAACAUAUAUUAAAGAUACAUGAUAUAAAACAAUUCUUACAUUUUGUUGUUGUUAAAACACUCACAAAUAAACUAAUUAUAAAAUAAUAAAUUACACAGAAUGAUGUUUAUUGUAUUUUUGACAUCACAAUAAGUUUAUGUCUACUAUGUAUUAUAUUAUUUAAACUUAAGCACUUCAAAGCUUAUCUAUAAUGUAGAUAAUAACAUUUCCAAGGAAUACCCAUGACUAUCAAUAUGAUAAAAAUAUAAUUUAAACAAAAGAAAUAAAUAAGUACAAAACUGUUUGCCUUAAUGUUAAUAAAAUAUUUCUAUCAUUGUAUUAUAUUCUAGAAAUUUUGAGAGAAUGCUGAUACAAAGUGGUAAAGAAUUAAAUGUUAUGAUAAAUCCAAUGGAUCCUGAGUUCAAUGUGAUUUUUAAUAAAAAUGAAUCUAUUAAAGCCAUUGAAAAAUAUGUUCAGAAAUGUUUGAUUAAAGUAAAAAAUUGUGUGCCCCCAAUGGAACUAGUAAUGGUGGUUAUUCCAGAUUACCCACAAGGAAUAUAUGGUAAAUAAUAAAUAAUAAUAUAAAUAUUUACUAUACAUUUUAGAUUCUAAGUGGAGCAAGGAAUGUAUUGGUUUUAAAAUAAUAGCACUUUAAAUGAAAAUAAAUCUGACUAAGGAGAUACUUUAGACCUUCACUAGUCAUUUUUUGAUUUUCCCAGGAGUUUUCUUAAUAAAUGGGAAAAAAUCUUAGAAAAAUUAGGGAAAUAGGAACUUUAUUAAACAAAUAUUAUUCAAGGUUUAAUGCUUGUUUAAUUAUUUUAUCAUAAUAUGACAACAUAUUAUUGAUAAAGCAACACUGUCAACCAAACUCUGCUCAGAAUCGUUUUUUCGAUAGCAAUGGCGUAUCAUUGCAUAUUUAUAUAUAUUAAAAUCCCGUCUAUAUCAGAGCUUAUCAACUUCCCACCUACAACAGUGGCUGCACCCACUCCUAUUAUAAUAGGACACCUGUUUUAAUCCUCAUUUAAGAUUUUUAUUUAUUUUUAACAUAGUGUUUGAUUAAAUUAUUAAUGUAUUUUUAUUAUGAUAAAAGCAUUUUAAUUUUAAUUUUGAAUUAUUAUAAAUAAUAAUUUUAUAAUCAAAUGUAUUAUAUUUGUUUAGCUACUAUAAAACAAGCUUCAGAAUUGCAAGUCGGUGUACUCACCCAGUGCAUUAAAUCUAAGACUAUGUCUAAAAUGAAUCAUGUUACAGUUGGCAACAUCUUGUUGAAAAUAAAUUUAAAAUUGAACGGAAUCAAUCAUACUUUGUCCGCAAGUAGCUGGUAAUAUUUUUUGAUAAUUGUAUUUAUAAACUAAAAAUUACUUUUCAUGAUACAACACAGUACAAAUAAGGAUAUUUCAUAAAGCUGUAUUGUUUAAAAAAUAAAUUCUCAUUUAUUAGAAAUAAUUUUUAAAAUAACCAAACAUGAAAAUUAAUUUACUAUUAACAGUGUAUACUUGUUAAACUUAAUAUUAUAAUAUGAUUCAAAAUUCAUAAUAUAAUAAUAAUCAUAUAAUUUCAUUAUAUAUUUAUUACUGCAUAUGUUAUGUCUGUAUCUCAGAAGUAAAGGACAACAUGUCCAUUUUUGAUGAAAUUUAAAUAAUUUUAUGUCCUUUUACAUUUUUAACCUAUUAAAAAGGCAUAGGGCACUAUAUUCAGUUAUCAAAAGUAACGGAAAUAAAGUGAUGGAAAAUGAAACCAUGUCCAUUUUCUUUAGAGGUAUAAAAAACUAUGUAGACUUGUUAACUUGUUAAGAAUAUUAGUAAUAAUGAACUAAAAUGUUGUAAGCAAUUCAUAUGAGUCAAGAAUAAAAAUAAAUGUAUAGAUGAAAAUUUUAUUUUCUACAAAAUUGCUAUUUUGUUACAUUGGUUUCUCCUUUACCUCUAGGGUACAGAUAUUGAACAUUUGAAAAAUUUUUUUUACAGUUUCUAUAGUUCUAUAUAAUAUACAGACUGUAACACAAAGAUCUGACAUCUAAAAUAAUUUAUUGUUUUAAUAAUUACUUGAUUCUUGUGCUGUGAGUUAUCUACUUUUUAGUAAAAUAAAAAUAAAAAUAUGUUUUUACAAAAAUUCAAGAUUUUAUAAAAAUACGUUUUAAAAUAAAAUGUUAUUACAAAUAUUUACUAAUCGUUAAUAAAUCAUUAAUAAAUCAUUAAUUUUCUAACACUUUUCGAAGUUAAUAAUAAUCAAAUUCUGUUUGUUUUCUUUAUAUAUAUAUAUGUAUAUUAACCAGGGAUAAAGACUACAAUUAUUUAUAUUUUGGUAAAAAAUUAAUUGUUUUUUAAAUUUCGGAGAAAAAAGCGUAUAGUCAAUUAGCUAUAAUAAUAAUUAUCUAUUAGCAAAUACAAUUACAGUGCAAUUUUUUUUUUCUAUUAACUUUAAAAAUUAUGAAAAUUUACAAAUUGAAUGAAAAAAAAAAGUUGAAAUAGUUAACAAUUUCAGAAGAAUAAAUUCUUUGCAAAGGCCAUCGUCAAAUUUUUCAAAACUAAUAAAAUUUGGUGGAUUUGUUAUUUUUUUAAAAUAAAUAUUUGUUUAAUUAAAAUAUUUGAAAUAUAUAUACUUGCAGUCCUUAUCCCUGUGAGUAAUAUAAAAAAAUUAAAAAAAAGAACUUGAUUAUCAUAAUUAAAUCAGAAUAUAUUGCAAUAAGUAUUUUAGUAGGAUACUGCAUUUGUUACAAUUAAUGUUGACAAUUCUACAAAGUCAAAGUCUGUAAAACCAAUUUAGUACUUUUAACUCUAAUAUCGAAGUGAAUUUUUCUAUUCUAAAAUUUAAAAGUAGUCAUUGUGUUUUAAAAUUAUUUUUUUUAUGUUUAAAUUUUUAAACUAGAUAUAAUAAUAUUUCACAUACAAAUCUACAAAUACAAAAAUACAUGUUCUUACUUUUAAAUUUGAUAAUAAGGCAAUACGCUCUAAUAUUAAAACUAACAGCACUAAAUCAGUUCUACUGUAUAAAAAAUUAACAUGAGCUAUUACUUAUAUAUAUAUAUUAUACAUUCUUAACUAUAACUGUGAUUUAGCCCUAGCAGUAUGAAAGGUGCGAUUAUUUUUGGAGCAGAUGUUACUCAUCCAUCUCCAAAUCAAACUACUAUUCCUUCAGUUGCUGCUGUGAGUAUAUUUCAACAAUUAGAAUUAUUAAAUAAUAAAAUAAUAGAGUAAUAACAACNUUAUUAAAAUGGUUAAUACUCAUAAAUAAAUAAAUAUAUAAAUAAAAAAUCUAUACAUAAAAAUAAGGUAAUUAAAAUUAAUAAAUUUAUUAUUAAAAUAAAUUAUAUUCGCAAACAGAAGAGCUAGUUUUGGGUGGUCUUUUAAGUGCAUUUUUAUUUGAAAAUUAUGAAACCAAUAAUAUUAUUACAACAAAAUAUAUAGUCCAUAUUUAAAAGCAUAUUAUAGAUAUGUUAAUGAUAUUUUUAUAUUAGAGAUUUAAAUAGACAAGUAGAAAAUUAAGUUGACUACUUAAACAUGUGAAAUGAAAACAUUCAAUUUACACUCGAAAUACAAAUAAAUAAUAAAUGAAAUUUUUAGAUCUUACAGUUUCCAUAAUAUACAAUAAAUUUGAUUUUUGUAUUUACCAGAAACAUAUAUAAACUGUUUCUUUAAUACCACAUGAUUCUAAUCACCAUUAUAUUAAAUAUUGAUAUUGAUAUUUAUAUUAUUGAAAUAUUAAGUACCCAAAAUAAAGUUUACAUUAGUUCAGUGUUAGAAGAAUUACACAUACACAAUGAAACAAGGAAAAAUAAUUUUAAUAAUAUUUUAAAUGUUCAAACCGAUUUUAAAAAUAUCUUAUAUUAAUACAUGUGAGAUAAAAAAUAAUAACCAAAUAAUUUAUAUUUCUUAACAUAUCUACAUUUAAUAAUAACUAAUUUUAAAUAAUCUCUCCUAUUAAAAUAAAUUAUUUCUAUAUUCUGUGUAAAAAGUCCAAUUUGUACAUUUUUUUUUUCUAUGUAUUUCUUCAUUUAAUUUUUUAUAUUCAGUCACGGUUAACAUUUCCACUAUGAUAUAUCCGAUGAUGAAUUUUUAAUUCGAAACCAUGUAGUACACUUAUCAUAAUUCAUUUAUUUAUUUAAGAAUAUUAACCAUCUCAAUAAUUUUGUAUUUACCUAAUUAUUUUAGUAUUAAUAAUAUAUUUUUCAAUUGCAUUUCAGGUUGCAGCAAGUCACGAUUUAUCUGGAAGCCAAUACAAUAUGGAAUGGCGUUUGCAAUCGCCUAAAGUGGAAAUCAUUCAAGAUUUAGAAGAUAUUGUCCACAAACAAUUAAUUAAAUAUAAAGAUAAAACAAAAACAGUGCCAACAAAGAUAUUCUACUUCAGGGAUGGUGUUAGCGAUGGACAAUUUCUACAUUUGUUGAAAUAUGAAUUUAUUGCUAUCCGGCGUGCUUGUUUACGGUUAAAUAUGAAAUAUCAACCACCCAUAACAUUUUUGGUUGUACACAAACGGCAUCACACUAGAAUAUUCCCUAAAUAUCCAAAAGACAUGGAUGGCAAAUUUGAUUUUUACUUAUGUAGUCAUACUAGUAUUCAAGUUAGUCAUUAAUUUUAAUUUUUGAUCAUAGUUUGAAAUUUUAAACUCUUCGUUUAAUAUAAUCUUAAAGGGAACAACCAAACCAACAAAGUACCAUCUUAUUUGGGAUGACAAUAAUUUAACAGAAGAUGAAUUAGAACAACUUACUUUCUACUUAUGUUUUAUGUAUGUUCGUUGCACUCGUUCAGUUGCAUAUCCAGCACCAACAUACUAUGCUCGUUUGGCUGCUUUUAGAGCACGCACUUAUAUUGAAAAGUAAGCUAUUUUAUUUUGAACUAUUAUUUUAUUGAAUAAUUUUUUUUUUUUUUUUUUUGUUCAUAUAGCAAAACAAUAAAUCUCAAUCGUUUGGAUGAGGAGCAAGUUAAAAAUCAAUUGAAUGCAUUAUUCACUAUUGGAAAUCCUAUGUUUUUUAUUUAAUUAUCACUUAUAAUUAAUAAUUAAUAUUUAAUUACACUUUUGCUUUCAUAUAUUAAAAAUUUAGUUUUUUUUUUUUUUUUUUUUUUAAAUCUGAAUAUUAUUUGUAGGUUUUAGAUUAUGAUUAAGUAUAAUAACAAUCAGAUUUUUUUUAAUUUUGUCAAAACAUUUUAUAUGUAUGUAUGUGUGUGUAUGUAAAAUGAUCACUUAUUAUUUUUUAUCUAUUAAAGAAUACCCUUG